AUGGAUGUAUCAGAAGCUCCCGAUGUAACUGACAUAGAAAAUUGGACAACAGUCGAAGUUUCCCAAUGGAUAUUAAAGCAUUUCAACGCAGAAACGGCGGACAAAUUCAAAGGUUUUAUUUGUAAAACAUUCACUAUAUUGUAGUUUCUUUUACCAUAGAAACACAUUUUUAUUAAGUAUUUGCAUAUAUUUACACAUAUUAUAUUGCAUAUAUUUGCACAUAUUAUUUACUGUCAUAAAUGGGCUUUUAUUUGUAAUCACACUGAUUUUAAAACACUCAAUUUUCGGAUCAUUUUGCAUCAAUAUUUAAUAAUAUUUAUUUAUAUUUUGCAUCAAUAUUUAAAACUAUUUAUUUACUGGCUUACGGUUGGCCAUACCAAAGCCAAUUUUAAUCCUUGACAAGGAUCAUUAUAAAAAAAUCAAAUUGCUUUUCUGUAGAACAAAAUAUCAAAGGUUCUUUAUUGAAAUAUAUGGCAGCAAAUGGUACAGUAGAGCAGUUGAAGGAAUGCGGUUUAGAUGACAUAGGUUCGCAAUUGGAAUUUCAGCGUCUCGUGAGACAAUUUUCACAACACGAUGCUCGUGAAAUCAGUGUAACUGCAUCUCCUUCGCCUAGCUGCUACAGCAGCUCCAGCACACCCUCCAGUUCAUCAGCAUCAAGUAAAAAGCCAUCACGAAAUGCAAUGAAAAGUAUGUCUGCUUUAGAUGCAAAGAUAUACAAAGCUAAGUAAGUAUCUAUAAAAUAUAUAGAGUCAGUGAAAAGUCAGUGGUGUAGACAAGGGGGAGGCCAGGAGGGGGCAAACACUCCCUCCUCCUUUCUCUGUAUUAAAUGCUCCUUUUCACCUUUUGAUUCAAAUGUUCCUUCUUCUGAGUAGGCGUCGUACUGUUCAAGAACAUGCUGUUAAGCGGUGGCCAGGAUUUGGGAAGGAAGGUAUACGACAGCACAUACUGGAUACAUUAAAUGAAAGAAGAAGACGAAUUCACAAAGGACAUGACUAUGAUAAGGUACAUACUCUCUUUCAUGCAGUCGGAACAUCAAUUUUUCAGGGUUCCGGUUCCUGCCAACGGAACUCAAACUUAUUUAUCAAACAAACUUCAUAUUGUAUAUUUUCUACCUUGUAGCCAUGGGGUGAUCUUUUUAGUUCACAGCAGGAAGAAAUUUAAACUACAGAAGGAAAAUGGACAAAUGGUCCAUAUUCACAUUUCACACUGAUGAUUACCAUUAUUCAAUCAUUUCAUUCUAAUAUUUGCAAACUGAAAAUGUCCACAGUAACCUACCAACCAUAUAUAUAUAUAUGCAUAUAUGCCUUACUAAAUUUGUUGUGGUUCUAGCCAGAACUUUUCGCCAGUUCCAGUUUGACCCGGUUCUGGCAGGUACUUACAGCCGUGCCAGUAGAAGCGUUCCGAAAAAUGUUGACCAAUUAAUUUCCUAACUUGAAGGAACACCUCUGAACAAUUCCUCAACAAUUUGAUAAGUUCCUUAAUCCUAACUUCCUGUUUCAUUAACCAAUCAAAUUUCAUAUUUUAUUGUUGAGCAAUCUGAUUGGUCAAUAAAACAGGAAGUUAGGAUUAAGGAACUUAUCAAAUUGUUGAGGAAUUGUUCAGAGGUGUUCCUUCAAGUUAGGAAAUUAAUUGGUCAACAUUUUUCGGAACGCUUCUAUUGGCACGACUGUAACAAAAAAUAAGUGAACUGGUACAUUCCUAAUAUCAUCUCUUUUUUCUUAUGCAAAUAUGUAUUUUUAGUAAUGUAAUUACGUAAUCAUCGUACAGUAUGCACAUGUCAAAUUGUUGCAAACUUUUUUCAAUGUAAAUUAAAAUAUCUCAUUUGUUUUAAUAAUCUGAUUAAGGGGGAUGGUAGAGGAAAAACGACAGAAAAGAAAAUCAAUGUUCUUCCGCAAAAAGAAGAUUCUGUUGGUCAAAAACUGGCAAAGCAACAACAAAAACCAUGUGGUGCAAAAAUAUUCAAAUUUCCAGAACUACCGAAACAAUAUGUUGUUGAUGAUAAAAGUGAAGAUGAAGCUGAUAAAAGUGAAGAUGAAGCUGAUAAAAGUGAAGAUGAAGCUGAUAAAAGUGAAGAUGAUGAGUGUAAAGAGAUGGAUAAAGGUGACGAUAGUGACGAGGAUGAUAAACAUGAAAUGGCAGAUGAUGGACUUCAUCCAUCAUGUGGUGAUGAGAUGGAUUCUUCCAAAGACACCCCACAGCAGUCUAAGUCUAAUGCAAGCACAGGUGGCAAAGGUAAUUUUUUAUUAACUUAUUAACCGAGCGCGAGGUCUUUACUGAGAAAUAUCUAACCAAGGUAUUUUUUUGUACAGACCAAUUAAGUCCAUAGGGCGAGGUUUGUGCAAAAAGACAGAGGUCCGAUAUUUCUCUGUACAUACCGAGGUUAAUAAAAGGUUUAUUAUAUGGCGUUUAUAGGCAUUCAUACUCGAAACAAACAAGAAAUGUACGAAUUGAAAUGCAUAUUAGUAGCGUGGUACACAUUUGAUUGAAGAAAACAAAAAUUACUAAUGUAUUCCUUCUUUUCCACUUAAAACCAUUCGCAGAUAACUUAUAAUUACAAAUUAAAUUAUAGUGUAUGUGUGUAUAUGUAAAUAUUUACUUGGGUAGUAUGUAUGAUACGGUCAAUUUAUUUCACUAAUCUUAUAACUUUUGUAUGCUUUUCUACAGUGAUGACAGUAGCAGAGGCUGCAGAGAUGGAAAACAUGAGUGUACACUCAGCUGGACUUAUUAUCUCAGUUGCAUUUCAAGCAAUCAACAUAAAAAGUAUCACAAGAACCCAGCUUCUCUCAGCCAGUAAGACAUUAAAUUUAAAGUUGAAAUGUUCCAGUAAAGAAGAGUUUCUAAUGCCAUUAGCUAUGGCUCUUAUCAAAGCAGGGUAUAUCAAAAUUAAAAAAGGACGUAGUUUGCAGAAACUUAACCGAAGUGAGAUUAUUAGAUUAAAAGCAUUUUAG